AACCCACAUAGAUCUCUGUUUCCUUUUGAUUUUGUUGGUCAAUUUCAAUGGAAAACUCAGCCAUCUCCAAAAUCUGCACCCAGAAGCAGGUGGAUCAAGAUCACAGUAGCUGGACUUCCUCCAUGGACGACCUUCUCUUAUUCGACUACUCUAAAACAACUUCAUAUCACUUUCAAAACGCCGCCGUCUUUUCUUCCUCCGAUGAUGACGAUGAUCUCCAAGACACUGCAACUUCUCCGCCUCAUCCUUCCAUAAUUUCCGACAUGGAUGGGCUUAGCUCCAAGCAAAAGAAGCAGCAGCAGCAGCAGCACACUGCCAUGAUCAAUCAAACAAAACACAGGGGAAAAGAAAUUGAGGAAUUUGGGGAGGUUGAAGAUAGAAUUGAAGUGGGUUUUGUGGGGAGGGAUAAUAAUUGUAGCACAGGGCUCAAGAACAUUGGCCUUUGCUUGGUUCCUGUAUCCAUGGCUAUCAAUUAUUUUGGUUAG